AUGCGAACAAAGAGGUCGUGCAGGACAUGGAUUUAUACUGUGGUCAUCUCCGUGUUUGAAGCAUGGUCUCAAGAUGCAGUUAACAGAGAUGUUGCUUUCAAUCUUGGGACCAACAUUAACCUGAGCUGCACUAACAAGACCAGGGCUGACAUCGUAUUUAUAAUCUGGGAGAUACACUUGAAAAACAAAAACUGCAAGAUCUCCUUUGUAAAUGACGACGAAAGUGUUGACUCUUGCAAAGAUGGAAAAUCUCUCCAAAAGACUUCCACCGGUCAGUUGUAUCUGCACGUCCCAAACCUUUCAGCUGAUGAUGCUGGACUCUACAAGUGUGAGUCGGUUUACAAUGGAGGAAAUGAAAACUAUAACAUUAAAGUGGCUGUGACAGUUCCUCCUGUUUUAUCUGCCUGGUUGGAGCAGAAGGGCAACAAACUGGUGGCGCUGUGCAGAGCUGAAAGAGGAACACCAGUUGCCAACUUAAGGUGGAGUUAUGGAGGCAGCUCAGAGCCUGCAGUGAAAACUCAUUUGGACCCAGAUGGAUUUGUAACAGUAGAGAGUCAUCUGGAGCUCCAGGAAGACACCGGUCCAGAAGAACUGACCUGCAUUGUCCAGCACCGUUUCUGGGAUCAGGAAAAGAUUCUGGUGCCGAAACUCAGAGAAGCAAAUUCAUCUCUAUUGUGGAUACGUGUCACUUUGGUGAUCAUUUCAACUUUAGCAGGAGUCUUUCUUUUAGCACUAAAGAAAUGCCGCUGUUCUCCACAUGACACUUCAUAACCCAAAAUACCAGCGUUGGACCUGGACAACAACCAAAAUGGGAGAAAGACUGAUGAUCAUCAUUAGUGUUUUAUUACAAAACUUGGAACAAUCAUCAGAUGGCAAGUCAAUCUUCACUGGCCCCAAGCACUACUUAUUUUUCGUAAAGUAAUUUUUUUCCCACUUGUGUGUAUCUUCCACUUAAUUUCCCACGCAUCCAAAAUUUGUACCACCAAAGAACAGAGCAGUGAUGACAUAGUGAGAUUCAUAAAGUGAGAAUAAAAAUAUGAUAUUGGGCAACAUUAAAGAGAAGGAAUGUUGCAAAUCAGAGACCAGGUUUUUAGAAUUCACCUGCAUCAGCUGAAACAAGAACUCUGUGAGCAAUACGACCAAUCGUCUGCAAAAUACAUAGUUCUAUAACAUUUUUCAAACACUUAUUAACCAACAUCUAUAAGGUCUGGGGUUAGCUGACACUAAUCAAUUAUCUGAUAAAGGGUGAUGAAGAAAUGACACAAUUUCCUGUAGAACUUUUACUUUUUUUAUUACUUCACUUGCUGACUGAAAGCAUUCUGAGCUGUUUGAUUUUAGUCUACUUCUUUAAAGCACAUCUGUGGCUCUACUGAGCAGAGGGAUUUGUUCUUUGAGCGCU